CCGUCCCGUCGGUCACAGUCUCGCGUCGGAUCGCGCCAAAUCACCAUCGCCUCGGCCGCGUCCACCCCACCGUUAGACGGCAACCGUCGGCCGUCACACGUUAUCACGGUGUUGUUAUAAUAACUUUAAAAAAAGUGAUCGUUUAUUUUGAAUAUAAAAUCGCCUACAUUAUAAAUAACAAGUAGGUACGGUAUUGUAGUAUUAAUUAUUAUAAUAUUUUCGCCAAUCGUUUUGUAACAAAAAAAAAAAAUAGAACGCACGUUGUAAUUAUGGUCGACGACGGUGGCAACGAGUACUGGGUGUUCGGGUACGGGUCGUUGUGCUGGAAUCCGGGAUUCGAGUACAAAGACUCCAUGGUCGGCUACGUGCAGGGAUUUUCGAGGAAAUUCUGGCAGGGCAACAUCGCUCACAGAGGGACCAAAAACAAGCCAGGACGAGUGGCCACUUUAGUCGAAAACCCAGAGGGCUUCGUAUGGGGAAAAGCGUUCCACCUACCGGACGAGUUCGCUUUCCAAUAUCUGCAGAUGCGGGAAGUGUUCAUGGGCGGUUACGAGGUGCACAAAGUGGACGUGCACUCGGAGGACGGCAGCCGGGUAGUGAACGCUACGGUGUACGUGGCCACCGGCGACAACAGCCAAUGGCUGGGCGAGGCGCCGGUGGACGAGUUGGCCGCGCAGGUGGCCACAUGCUCGGGACCGGCUGGCCACAACGCCGAGUACGUGAUACUGCUGGCCCGCUGGGAACGGCUGUACGCGCCCGACGACCGGUUGGACGCCGAGUUGGCCGAGCUCGAACGGCUGGUCAUUGGCCGGCUUACCGAGGCCGGUAUCAACAUCGACGACGUGCUUACUACCAAUAAGCGCGUGUCGUUCUCGUCCAUGGUGCCGGAGAAGAAGCUGCGAUGCCUGCACAUAUGAAAGGCCAGCUUCCUACAAACUACGCGUUUCGCACGGAUACGAAACUUUCGUUAUCCGACGCGAAAACUGUUGUCAGUUUUCCCGAGUUCUUACGUCGUUUGUGUCCAUUGCGUAUACGUCACGUCAGCAUCCGAAUUGUUAUAUAUAUAUAUUUACACUUAAUAUGGUAAUUAACUAUUUUUAACGCUUACUUUUAAUACCUAUAUUGCCUAAAUACACUUACAUUGUUGUACCUCGACGUUUUGGUUCGACUUUUUUUUUUAAAUUGCCCACAACUUGGAAUUAUUAUUUUAUAGCUAUUUAUUAAUAUUUAAAUGUAACUAACAACUAAAUUCUAUUUUGUAGAACACAUAUUUAUAUUAUAUUUAUGAUAAAUUCGAUCGUGAUUAUUUAUGUAUGUUAAAAAGUACUCCGUUUAGUUUGUGAACUUCAACAGGGUAACGUCAAGUUAAAUUUUAUUAUAUAAUAAAUAUGUGCUAGCAUGUAAGAACUAUGUAAAUCACGUUACCGACAUUUUGUAAUAUGUAUUUUUUUUGUUUUAAACUUAUUAUUUUGUACGCGUACCGACUACGUUAUUAAUGUUGUUAUAAUAUAAUAUGUAAUGAUA